AUGCCGUUGCCGCUCCCAGCACUUGUAGACGGUCAGGCGUCGUCACCGCCAGCACAAGGCGUUACGAUUGACCACCGGUUCUUCCCUCAUAUCAUUGACACAAUAGUAUCGUACAUGCCCUACCUCAGCCUCGUCGUGGCUGCAAUGGUCUGCAAGUCCUGGAACGAAGACGCAAAAAGACGACUCUUUCGACUUGGUCACGUCACUGUCAUGGAAAGCAACAAUGGCGCGUACGACAUCGAGAUCAGGAGCCGCAAUACAGCAUGGCCAGGCUACUCUUCACUUCUCGCUGCUGUCAGGGAGAACCAUGUGUCCCGUUUCGGAAACGACAUCAGAAUCAUCGAUCUUGUUCCCAACCCUGCGCGCCACCCGUUCGACCCCGUCCGUCACCCCGAUGCGCUUGAGAAGCUCCAAUGUUACCAGUCGAGAAUCCACAUUCCUGCAGGCGUCAAAGCUUCCCACUUCCAUCACCUCUUUGCAGGGCAGACUAUCUGUUUCCUCGACUACUCAGAGAACUACCGUCUUUCAGUCGCAGAUCGCAUUUGCGGAGGAUCAUCUGUCACUGUAACUCUCGACUGUUACUCUGACCCGACCACUCCUAUGGCGCCUCUUCAUGAGGAACCCUGGUAUCUGAUCUUCUGCACAGCUACAGAGCAUCUGGAGGAUUUCACUGUUAUCCUCAACAACCGGGUCGGCAACACCGCCCCGCCACCGGUUAACACUUCCCCGCGAGUCGUGACGGACCAUCUGGAAGGCAUUGAGGAUUGGUAUUUGGAGAGGGGCGAUCCCACACUUGGAGCUGUCUACGAUGUGCUUCGCCUAACCUUACGUGUCCCUGAUAUCGUACAGAUCCGUGUCGUCGGUGUUGAGCAGUUUAGGAGUGACGAAGAACUCACCAAAUACUCCGUAGCGGUCCAGGAUGAGCUCGACCACGAGGCGGAUAUCCAUCGAGAUUCUCCGCAGCAUGGUAAGCUCCAGGCUACCACCUCAAAUUCUACACUCAUGAGGAGUAUUGCGCACUAG